ACCUCGUCCUACUCCCAUCGACCACGAAAGAAAGAUAGAAAUCUCAUCACUGCAAAGUUAAAAGUUUCUUUCUCUGUCUCUCAGCAAGCGAUAACCUACCUCCAAGCUCUGUUUCAUCUGCAGCAAUGGCCUCCAAAGCCAUCGGCAUCGACCUCGGCACCACCUACAGCUGCGUCGCCGUCUGGCAGAACGACCGAGUCGAGAUCAUCGCCAAUGACCAGGGCAACCGCACCACCCCCUCCUACGUCGCCUUCACCGACACCGAGCGCCUCAUCGGCGAUGCCGCCAAGAACCAGGUCGCCAUGAACCCCCACAACACCGUCUUCGACGCCAAGCGCCUCAUCGGGCGCCGCUUCUCCGACCCCUCCGUCCAGGCCGACAUGAAGCACUGGCCCUUCCGCGUCGUCUCCGGCCCCGGCGACAAGCCCAUGAUCGUCGUCACCUUCAAGGGUGAGGAGAAGCAGUUCUCCCCCGAGGAGAUAUCCUCCAUGGUGCUCACCAAGAUGAAGGAGAUCGCCGAGGCCUUCUUGGGUCACCCCAUCAAGAACGCCGUCAUCACCGUCCCUGCCUACUUCAACGACUCUCAGAGGCAGGCCACCAAGGACGCCGGCGCCAUCGCGGGCAUGAACGUGCUGAGGAUCAUCAACGAGCCGACGGCCGCUGCGAUCGCCUACGGACUCGACAAGAAAGCGGCGAGGGCCGGCGAGAAGAACGUGCUUAUCUUUGAUUUGGGUGGCGGGACGUUCGACGUCUCUCUGCUGACGAUCGAAGAAGGUAUCUUCGAAGUGAAGGCGACGGCCGGCGACACGCACCUGGGCGGCGAGGACUUUGACAACAGGUUGGUGAACCACUUCGUGCAGGAGUUCAAGAGGAAGCAUAAGAAGGACAUCAGCGGGAACGCCAGGGCCCUGCGCCGGCUCCGGACUGCCUGCGAGCGGGCGAAGCGGACGCUUUCCUCGACCUCGCAGACGACCAUCGAGAUCGACUCCCUCUACGAGGGGAUCGACUUCUAUGCGACCAUCACAAGGGCCAGGUUCGAGGAGCUCAACAUGGACCUGUUCAGGAGGUGCAUGGAGCCCGUCGAGAAGUGCCUGAGGGACGCCAAGAUCGACAAGAGCCAGGUCCACGACGUUGUCCUCGUCGGCGGGUCGACCAGGAUCCCGAAAGUGCAGCAAUUGCUGCAGGAUUUCUUCAACGGGAAGGAACUGUGCAAGAGCAUCAAUCCUGACGAGGCCGUCGCGUAUGGAGCUGCAGUUCAGGCCGCCAUCUUGAGCGGUGAGGGCAACGAGAGAGUCCAGGACUUGCUGCUCCUCGAUGUCACCCCGCUGAGCCUUGGGAUCGAGACCGCGGGCGGCGUCAUGACGGUGCUGAUCCCGAGGAACACCACGAUCCCAACCAAGAAGGAGCAGGUGUUCUCGACCUACUCAGACAACCAGACCAGCGUCCUGAUCCAAGUGUACGAAGGCGAGAGGGCCAGGACUAAGGACAACAACCUCUUGGGCACGUUCGAGCUCAAGGGCAUCCCCCCAGCGCCGAGAGGCGUGCCGCAGAUCAAUGUGUGCUUCGACAUCGACGCGAAUGGGAUCCUCAAUGUAUCAGCGGAGGAUAAGACGGCCGGAGUGAAGAACCAGAUCACGAUCACGAACGACAAGGGACGAUUGAGCAAGGAAGACAUUGAGAGGAUGGUGCAGGAGGCAGAGAAGUACAAAGCAGAGGACGAAGGGGUCAAGAAGAAGGUCGAAGCCAAGAAUGCGCUCGAGAAUUACGCGUACAACAUGAGGAACACGGUGAGGGACGACAAGUUCGCUGGGAAGCUCGACCCGGCAGAUAAGCAGAAGAUUGAGAAGGCCAUCGACGAGGCAAUCGAGUGGCUGGAUCGGAACCAGCUGGCCGAAGUGGAUGAGCUGGAGGAUAAAUUGAAGGAGCUAGAGGGGCUGUGCAAUCCGAUCAUUGCCAAGAUGUACCAGGGCGGACCCGGUGGCGGCGAUGUGCCGAUGGGCGACAUGCCCGGUGGUGGUUACGGCAAGCCAAAAUCUGGAGGCAGCGGCGGCGGUGCUGGCCCAAAGAUUGAAGAGGUCGAUUGAGCAUUUGUCUAGAAAUAGCUGCUCUGUUCUGUUCUGUUUUUUCCAAGGGUUGCCGCUAUUGCUCUGUCUUGGGCUUUUGGCACCUUGGAACAUAAUAUACUUCCGACUGGUUUCAUGUAACAUAUAAGAAAUGAUGUAAUCGCGGUGUGAGCUUCUUGGAGUUUUUCUUUGUUCUUUUUAAUAUUUCUUCUGUUUUGAUGUAAUCUCAAGUUUUACCUGGUGUGAAAUAAAGUCAUCUCCAUGACC